UCCAGCGAGCAAUGGUGGAGCUUGGCUUCCAAGCCAGCGAUGCUUUGUUUGCAUGGAAUCGGAUAAGACGCAGGCAAGGAUCCCGAUAGGUCCACUAUAAAGCCAUGCGCCGCCUCCACCGCAAUGCGAGCUCUACGCAAUCUGAGUCUUCACGAGUUGUUGAUCCUGUUCGGGAGAGGCUUGCAGGAUGGCCCCUGUUGGUGUGAGCAUACAAGUCCGAGAUGAUCAUGUUGAGAUAGAUAAUGGUAUUCUCCAAUUGACUUUGUCGAAUCCCGAGGGGCUCAUCACUGGAGUUAGAUACAAUGGUGUAGAUAAUUUAUUGGAAGUUCUUAACGAAGAAGGGAAUAGAGGGUACUGGGAUGUGGUAUGGAGUGAACCUCAGGGUUCUGGUAUAUUCGAUGUGAUCCAGGGUACACAUUUUGAAAUAAUUCAUGAAGAUGAAAACCAGGUAGAAGUUUCUUUCACAAGAAACUGGGAUCCAUCCCUCCAAGGCAAGCUUGUCCCUUUGAACAUAGAUAAAAGGUUUAUAAUGCUCCGUGGCUGCUCGGGCUUCUACACUUACGCCAUCUAUGAGCACCGGGAAGGAUGGCCAGACUUCGAUUUGGCAGAAACCAGAGUUGCUUUCAAGCUUAGGAAGGACAAGUUUCACUACAUGGCAAUAGCAGAUAACAGGCAAAGAUUCAUGCCAAUGCCUGAUGAUCGCAUGCCUAAUAGGUCACAGAAAUUGGCAUAUCCUGAGGCUGUUCUACUAAUUAACCCAGUUAAUCCAGACCUAAAAGGAGAGGUGGAUGACAAGUAUCAAUAUUCCUGUGAAGAUAAGGACACCAAGGUCCAUGGAUGGAUAUCUUUUGAUCCUCCGAUUGGUUUUUGGCAAAUUACACCUAGCGAUGAGUUCCGGUCCGGAGGGCCUGUCAAACAAGAUCUAACAUCUCAUGUUGGUCCUACAACCCUUGCAAAGUUUUUGAGUGCUCACUACAGUGGGCAGGAUCUUGUGCCUAAAUUCAGGAAUGGUGAAUACUGGAAGAAAGUCUUUGGUCCUGUGUUCAUCUACCUCAAUUCUACUAUGGAUGGUACAAAUCGACAACUUCUUUGGGACGAUGCAAAACUUCAGGCACUAACACAAGUGGGGAGUUGGCCAUAUGAAUUUCCAGUUUCAGAGGAUUUCCAAAAAUCUAAUCAAAGAGGUUCUGUUACUGGGAGAUUACUGGUUCGAGAUAAGUUCAUAGAUGAGAAAGAGAUAAUUGGGGAUGCUGCUUUUGUUGGUUUGGCUUUACCUGGAGAAGCCGGGUCCUGGCAAAGAGAAUUCAAGUUAACUAACAUGAUUGAAACUAAUAGUGAUGGGGUUGGCUCAUGGUGGAACAAAAUGACCCAUUGUUUGGGUUAA